AAAAAACCAAAUUCAUCUGUUCUGGUAUACUCUCCAAUCUCUUCACAAAUUGGAAAAGCGAAAUCCCAGUAACUAAUUCACAUGAGCUAAUGAUUCACAGUACAUUUCCCACCUAAAUCUCGUGAUUAAACUGAUUAUCCAAAACCCCACUGCUCAGAAGCCUGUGAAAAUUCGUGCUUCCAUGGCGUCAGUGUCGCCGUCGCCGGCGGUCACUGUUCUCUGCUCUACAGGAAUCGCUCCGAGAACCAGAGAGAAUCACCACAACAGGAGCGGCAGCCACGUCAUCAGCCCCAGCAAAAAGAGGAACCAGAAAUUGAGUAAAAAUGGCGGCGGCGGCGGUGGGUUGGGGAAUGUUGUGGAGGUGGUGCAGAAAGACGUGGCGUUUCUGAAAGCAGGUUUGGGGAAAGGGUUGCAAUGGGCGAACAAGGCGUUUCGGAUCCCGGAGGUGUCGAAAUCGGUGGAGGAUUUUAUAUGGCUGCGGAAUGUGGAGGAUCCACAGGCGGCGGCGUUCGCUCCGCCUCCAUCCUGGCCUCAGCCUUACUAUCCAGAGAUUUCUGGAGUGGAUUUGUUUAUGUCCGACCUCAAAGCGUUGGAAGUGUAUUUUGGCUAUUUUUAUUAUCGAUCCAAGAUGUGGACGAAGCCUCUUCCUGAAAUCUACGACGCAGAGGAAGUUGCAGAGUAUUUCGCAUUGAGGCCUCAUGUAGUUGCUCUCCGGCUUCUUGAGGUCUUUACUGCCUUUGUUUCCGCUACAAUCAAAUUAAGGAUCUCUAGUAUCAGUUCUGCUGCCGACGAGGAUUCUCGUGAAAAGGCUUCUGAAUACAAUUUUGGGAUAGUAUUAAAAGAAACAAUGCUAAACUUGGGCCCCACUUUUAUAAAAGCUGGUCAGUCCCUUUCUACAAGGCCAGAUGUAAUUGGUUAUGAAAUCUCAAAGGUACUGUCGGAACUUCAUGAUCAAAUCCCUCCUUUCCCUCGACCUGAAGCUAUGAAGAUUAUUGAGGAAGAGUUUGGUUCUCCCGUGGAGACAAUUUUUAGCUAUUUUUCUGAGGAGCCUGUAGCUGCAGCUUCGUUUGGACAGGUCUACAAGGCAAGUACUUAUGACGGAAUUGAUGUUGCUGUGAAAGUUCAACGUCCUGACUUACGCCAUGGUGUUGUCCGAGAUAUUUAUAUUCUCCGCAUAGGGUUAGGGAUUUUGCAAAAGAUACUAAAAAGAAAAAACGACCUUCGUCUGUAUGCGGAUGAACUUGGAAAAGUCUUGAUUGGGGAGUUAGAUUACAACUUGGAGGCUGCGAAUGCUUUUGAAUUCCUGGAAGCUCAUUCUCGCUAUUCGUUUAUUUGUUUACCGAAAAUAUUCCCGCAUUUGAGCAAGAAGAGAGUUCUGACUAUGGAAUGGAUGGAUGGUGACAGUCCGAAUGACUUACUAUCUGUGUCUUCUCAGGAAUCCAACAAAAAGCUUCUUGAUCUGGUUAAGAAUGGUGUGGAGGCAUCACUGGUUCAACUUCUCGACACUGGCCUAAUGCAUGCUGACCCACACCCUGGAAAUUUGCGUUACAUAUCCCCUGGAAAAAUAGGGUUUCUUGAUUUUGGAUUGGUUUGUCGAAUGGAGACAAAACACCGAUUUGCAAUGCUUGCUUCAAUUGUUCACAUAGUAAAUGGCGAUUGGACAUCCCUUGUGAACGAUUUGACUGAGAUGGAUGUUAUAAGGCCUGGAACUAACAUAACGCGCUUCACCCUGGCCCUCGAAGAUUCCCUUGGGGAGUUGAAAUUUAGCAAUGGAAUGCCAGAUGCCAUGUUUAGUCAGGUACUGAGCAAAAUAUGGUCUGUAGCAAUAAAGUAUCAUUGCCGCAUGCCACCUUACUAUAUACUUGUCUUGCGUUCUCUGGCAUCUUUGGAAGGAUUGGCAGUAGCAUCGGAUCCAACGUUUAAGACAUACGAAGCUGCAUAUCCUUAUGUUGUUCAGAAGCUUCUUCUUGACAAUUCUGCCGCCACCAGGAAAAUAUUGUAUUCGGUUAUAUUCAACAAGAGUAGAGAGUUUCAAUGGCAAAGGCUUGCUGUCUUCUUACGAGUUGGAGCAACUAGGAAAGUGAUGCAAACUUUGGUGCCGUUAAAUAAUCGAACUUCUCUUUCUCAAUCUGGAAAUGGAGUUGGCCCUGAUGCCAAUCUUGCAAACCUGGCUUUGAGACUCGUAGUGUCUAAAAAUGGCCUCGUCUUAAGAAGACUUCUAAUGACUGCGGAUGGAUCUUCAUUGGUAAGGGCACUCGUUUCGAACGAGGCAAGUUCUUACCGGCAACAGCUCGGCAAGGUCGUUGCCGAUAUACUGCACCGUUCGAUGUGUGAAGCCUUGGGGAAAGCUCUCAAUCUCGCAAUAGCAAAAACCCCACAAGUAUCUUCAACCGAAAACGAAUACGAAUCCAUAUUGAGAGACCGUCGAAUUAGAGUUAUCUUCUUUAAAUCCUUAAAUUCUGUCAAGAAAAAUCCCAUGUUACUGUUCAGGUUCUGCUGCGCUUCGUUUGCUUUGUUCUUCGUGGCAUCGGCUGUGGCUUGUCACAGGGUGUCGAUUGCAAUUGCAGAGGCUUAUUUGGACCGGUUAUCGUAUAAUUCGAAGAAAAUUGCGGUGGCUGCUGUAUAAGGUACUACAUGGUUGGAGAGUUCUAAUUAUAUACAGUGAUUGUAUAAUAAAAUGUUAAAUCUUUGCUCUACAAUGAGUGAUGUAAAUGUGUAUUUUAAAUUUAGGUUCUCUUUGUACCCCUAUAUUAUCAUUAGUGUCGCAUAUACCCCAUGUACUAUAAAAUGCGACAAAGUGGCCCCUGCCUGUUAAACUAUGUCAGAGAAUCCGUCCAUUUUCAAAGUUGAUCGACUAUUGCACUAGAUGUUGGACAAUUCCGGAGGAAAAUACCCCCAUGGUUGUGUUUAAAAAAUGCGCAUCUUUCUUUCUCUUUUGUACUCAAUUUACUCUCAAUUUUUUUUU